AUGGCAGAAGACAGCCCAGAGAACAGACAUAUUCCCGCGUCUGUAGCAAACGAGAAAGCACUUGCGUUCCGAUAUCAUGAGCAACACUUUGUCACUUCAACAGUGCGCCUAACCGCCGCCGCCUUGAAAAUUCAGCUUGACAACGUGAUAUAUCAUCAACAACAACAACAGUAUCAUCAUCAACAACAAAGUAUCAUCAUCAUCAACAACAACAGCAACAAGAACAACAACAACAGCAUCAUCAACCACAACAACAGUGUCCUCAACAGCAACAUCAUCAACAACUACAACAGUAUCAUCAUCAACAACAACAGCAUCAUCAACAACAGUAUCAACAACAACAACAACAACAACAACAACAACAACAACAACAUCAUCAACAACAGUAUCAUCACCUACAACAACGGCAUCAUCCAACCACAACAACAGUGUCCUCAACAACAUCAUCAACAACAACAACAUUGUCAUCAACAACAACAGUGUCAUCAUCAACAACAACAACAGUAUCAUCAUCAACAACAACAGUGUCCUCAACAACAUCAUCAACAACAACAGUGUCAUCAACAACAACAUCAUCAACAACAACAGUAUCAUCAUCAACAACAACAACAUCAUCAACAACAAUAUCAUCAACAACAACAACAGCAUCAUCAACAACAGUAUCAUCAACAACAACAACAACAACGUCAACCACAACAACAGUGUCCUCAACAGUAUCAUCAACAACAACAUCAUCAACAACAAUAUCAUCAACAACAUCAACCACAACAACAGUAUCCUCAACAACAUCAUUAACAACAACAGUGUCAUCAACAACAACAUUAUCAUCAACAACAUCAUCAGCGACAACACUAUCAACAACAACAACAACAGCAUCAUCAACCACAACAACAGUAUCCUCAACAUCAUCAUCAACAACAACAGUAUCAACAUCAUCAUCAACAACAUCAUCAUCAUCAACAACAACAACAACAACAACAACAACAACAACAACAACAACAACAACAACACCAUCAACAACAACAACAUCAUCAACAUCAUCAUCAACAACAACAGUAUCAUCAACAACAACAUCAUCAACGACAACAGUAUCAACAACAACAACAACAGCAACAACAACAACAACAACAACAGCAUCAACCACAACAUCAACAACAUCAUCAACAACAUCAACAACAACAUCAUCAACAUCAUCAUCAACAACAACAGUAUCAUCAACAACAACAUCAUCAACGACAACAGUAUCAACAACAACAACAGCAACAACAACAACAACAACAACAACAGCAUCAACCACAACAUCAACAACGUCAUCAACAACAUCAACAACAACAACAUCAUCAACAUCAUCAUCAACAACAACAGUAUCAUCAACAACAUCAUCAACGACAACAGUAUCAACAACAACAACAACAGCAGCAACAACAACAACAACAACAACAGCAUCAACCACAACAUCAACAACAUCAUCAACAACAUCAACAACAACAACAACAACAACAACAACAACAACAACAACAACAACAAC